AUGUCAGCUCCAACACCUUUACCAUUAGGUGACUUAUCAAAAGUUCCACAAUUUCCAGGUGUCACCCCAGAAAAACCAAAACCAUCAGGUUUCUGGUCAUCAAAUCCAAUUUUUUCAUAUUUAAAUAAUGUUUACAACAAUGUUCAUGAACAUCGUCGCUCAUUAAACUUGACAAAUCCAGGUACAAUUGAAAAUUUAAACAAAGAAGUCACAAGAGAUGUUUUUUUGAACCAAUAUUUCUUUACUGGUUUAAGAGCUGAUUUAAAUAAAGCAUUUUCAUUAAACCCAGCAUUCCAAACUUCUCACACUUUUUCAUUAGGUUCUCAAUCAAUUCCUCCAUAUGCAUUCAGUGCCUUAUAUGCUACUGAUAACUUCUUUGCUCAAGGUAAUAUUGAUAAUGAUUUCUCAUUAAGUGGUAGAUUAAACUAUGGUUGGGAUAAAUCAAACAUUUCAAAAGCCACUUUACAAAUCGCUAAAGGUCAACCAACCAUGGUACAAUUGGAACAAGAUUUCCAAGCCAGUGAUUUCUCUGUUAACUUGAAAGCUUUAAACCCAUCAUUCUUAGAAGAAGGUCAAUUUACAGGUGUUGCAGUUGGUUCAAUUUUACAAGCUAUUACUCCAAAAUUAUCAGUUGGUUUAGAAACUGUUUACUCUGCUCAACCAACCAUGCCAGCUGACUCUGCUGUUUCAUAUGUUGCUCGUUAUAACGCUGGUAACUGGAUUGCUGCUGCUCAAGUUCAAGCUCAAGGUUCAGUUGUUGCCUCAUUCUGGAGAAAAGUUGCUGAAAAUGUUGAAGCUGGUAUUGAAACCCAAUUACAAACUCAAUUGGUUCCAGUUGCAGGUGAUGCUUUAAUGGGUGGUAUGCCAUCAAUCCAAGCCGUUUUCGAAGGUAAUACUACCAUUGGUGCUAAAUAUGAAUUCCGUCAAUCAGUUUUCAGAGGUCAAAUAGAUUCAUCAGGUAAAGUUAGUGCAUUUUUAGAAAGAAGAAUUUUACCAACUGUUUCUAUUUUAUUUGCUGGUGAAAUUGAUCAAGUUAAAUCAGCUUCUAAAAUCGGUGUUGGUUUAACUUUUGAAACUGCUGGUUCUGAACAAUUAGCUUUAAUGCAACAAGGUUUAGUUGAUGCUAAUGGUAACCCAGUUCCAGGUGCUCCACAAUUAUAA